GCUGUAUCUGAGGCGGCAGGAGUAGGCAAUAAUUUCAUCAUCCCCGUCCUUCUCCACUUCACUCAGCUGUGUGCUGAGUGGCUUCAGUCAUGUCCGACUCUGUGCGAUCCCAUGGACUGUAGCUUUCGAGGCUCCUCUGUCCAUGGGAAUCUCCAGGCAAAGAUACUGGAGUGGGUUGCCAUUUUCUCCUCCGGUGAUCUUCCCGACCAAGGAAUUGAACCUGUGGCUCUUAUGGCGCCUGCACCGGCAGGAGGAACAUAUAAGAUCCUAAGGGCUUCUGAACCCCAACCAGGUCAGCCCAGAAUGGCUUCAGCCAACAUGCCCCAUGGAAGGGAAGCAGCAAGGGCCAGAUGUACUUGUGAUCUGACAAAAGGAGUGAAUCCUCAGGAGCACUGCCUGAAAAGCUGUUUGCAGGAAGAGACAUACUGUUCUAGCCCACCCCAUGGACAACUGGGCCAGAGAAAGGCCAGCCUGACCGGGGGGGGGGGUCUCGCUUCCCCACUCCUCACAGUUCUCCUCCACAGGGUGAGGGCCUGGCUUUGUUUCUCAGAACUCCCAGACCAGCUUCUCUUUGUCCUCCUCGUUGUAUUUCUCCAGGUUCCUCCCCAGAAAAUAUUUCUCAGGGACUUAACUCAGAGGCUAGGACAGGCACCUUCGUACCACUCGGACAGGGUCAGGCCCAUCUGCUUGUUUUUAGAUCUGUUACAGCUGUAGCUUCCUUCCU